CAAUUCUGGUUUCAAUAACAGACCGACCGAUGCGAGUUGGUACGAUCGUCGACUAGUAGUGUGGUGGAAGAAAAAUAAAUCAAACGCGAAAAAAACAAGUGUGAGAAAGUGCGAAAAGUUUCAAACGAAAUCGCCCAAGUGCUGAUGGUUGUACGCGCGGAGAAAGGUGUGCUACACGAGCUUCCGAUUUUCGAGAAAAGUGCUGUGGAUUCUUGAAAGAUUGUUUUUUCUUCGGGUUGAUUUAGGAGAAAAUAAUAGGUGGGAUGGAUUGUUCCUUGCUAUGAGUGUUUUGCGUUGUGGAAGAAGUGAUCAUUAGCGCUGUGAAAACUACAGCUUUCUAGAAGGUUGCGUGAUAGUCAUCUCUAGAGAGAAGAUUAUGGGUAGUGAUGGAAUUUUUAUGAAUGUCAUCUGCUAUUCGACGACUGAAAUGUUAACCUGGUGCCAAAGCGGGAUGAGUGUGUGUGCCGCAAAAUGAGGGGGGUUGACAAAUUUACGAAAUCAAUUUCUGAGUUGCCCAAAAAGAUGCAAAAUUCGACCUGAUCCGACGACAGGAAACCUUGUGGUAAAAGUUGGAUAAGCAAGCAAACGGAGAGCAGAAGAAAAAAACAACAAAAUACAGACGGCACGACACAAAGACAAAAUUCGGAGGAGCGUUUAUCGAUUUUUGAAUCAGUUCUCCGUCGUUGCCAAAACCUGUUCCAUCGAGGAUAAAGUGGCCCCGGACAAGUUUCUUUCCGAGACUGCAUAGGAAUUCCAUCAGCGAGCAGCUGAGACCAAAAAGUGGAUCUUCACUGCGAUAGCUUGUUUUUUUUACGAGCGUUGUCGACGAGGAAGAAGAAAGCCCAUCAUUUGUGGGCGGCUGCGAAGCCGCAGAAAAUAAAACACCAACUUGCCGCCCCGUUUCCCACAAGCGCCAAUUUAUAUAAAUCAAUCUUUGUGGAAACGCAAAUUUAUUGCUUUACAUUGCGUCCCGGAUCGUUGGCUGCCUGGUUGUCAAGGUGAAGGGAAAUCUUCCGGUUUUCAGCGUGGCCAACAUCGGAACUACUAGACAACGCUCCUCGCUGGCUGAUGCAUCCAUUCAUUCACAGCACCGCCACCAGAUGAUGAGGAAACUUCGAACGGCCAACAGCAACAGCCACAAAAGAUCCCGCUAAGCCGAUUCACUACAGAUGUUGAUGAAAAUUAUCGGCUCUCGCUUUUGUUCGAAAUCCGCUGCCUGACCCAAUCUGAAACUGCCACAGAUUCAAAAGCGCGCGCGUCGGUGGAAAAGCGAUGCCAAACAGUCAGGGGCUUACGGAAAACGGCUAUCCGGCACCAUAGCGUAACCUACUACUACACUGGCUCACUCACCGUAUAGGAGCUUAGACCACUAAACUGCCCUGGACCUCACCACUGGGGUUUGCCAGCCGAACCAGUUCCGGUAUCAACUGAACUAGGAUCGCAUUGCCAAUCUCACUAGCUGCUGCUGCUGCAGAAAUUUCCUGGUCCUUUGCUCACGUGCUCGGCAACCGGCAGCAUCGGAAAACAACCUGAAUCUCUGGAACUCCCCUCCCAGCAAAUGCCAAACGCCGCCGACGUCAUCGCAACCGAAGUGAAAUAAUAACAAUAAAAAUAACUACGACGAGGAAGCGAGAAACAAGGCCGUAGUUUAUCGAAAGAUUACGAUUGCGCCUGUCAGCAGCCUCUACUAGAGUUUGUCCUCGCCCUCGAAAAAAGACUGUAGAAGAACUUGGGCAGGGGAAACGACCAUGAACUGCUCAUCGAUGCCGGCAGCUAGCGGAAACUAUCUACGAAAACCAUUACAAACAGAACCGUGGAGAUCACCUGUUGCUCGCUGGGGUAAACGAUAAGGCCCAUCCCUCUGGAAUAGAAAACAUUACAUUAAAAUACCAAAAUAACAAACACGCACCUGCUAGGAGGAGACCCAGUAAAGAUAAAAGAAGUACCGGAGUCCCACUGUGGGUUGCAACCCGCUGUCGUAAAAAGACGGCCUCCAAGAGACACCACAGGUAGCCCCAAAAAAAGUGGUGAUCACCGACAAAACAGCACCGAGAAUUAAAAACAUCCAAAAAUAAUAAGAAAGGUAGUACAAUUACCCGGCACAGACGGUUUUUUGGGGAAACCGAAAAAAGUGCUCUCGCAGACCUGCCUCUGCUUCAGUAUCGAUUCGGAGGCCACGCGGGACAGACCUACGCCGACCGGUUCUUUCACACGAAAAAACAAAAACGAGACACAAUACGAACGACCGCCGCAGCGCAUCGUUGAGCAUCAUCAUCAUUGGCGUCAUCAGAGCACAGCAUCACAAUCAUCGUCAUCAUCGGUGUAACCUCGUUUCAAGUUUGCACAUCAUCGGUGUUGCUUCUUCGCUUCGAGGCGCGUGAUGAGCCAGAAGAAGCCCUCCUCCUCCUAAGUGUGGUGAUCGGAGCAGAUUAUGUAAAUGUGAUCAACGACCGGUAUUGUUUCACGAGCGCUCGUUUUGCCACCGAGCCCGUCCUCGUCGUAGACCAUUGUCUACCUAAAGCAGUUGCUCGCUAGUCCAGAAGAAACGGUGCCCAGAAUGUUGUUUUGCUUGGGCUAAAGUGCGCGAAAGUGUAGAACCUUACCAGGUAACAUCGCGUUGCUCUGUGCACUAGGUUACAGUGAAGGCCGACUAAGUGUUUUUUUCGUUCGUUCGUUCUGUUUGUUUGUACUGGGUGAUCUGGAACGAACCAGAGAGAGAGUACCGGGAGCGCUCGCCGCGUGUUAUCGGGAGAGUGAGAGCGCAAAAUCCGGGCGGCUCGCAACAACAAGGAAAGCUUAAUCUUAUCACGAAAUUACGCCGCACUAGUUGAGCGCGAGAACCGAACGAUUUCGCAAGUGCCUCAACGUGUAGUGCGGAAUCAUCUGUGGGGACGACGACGAAACUUUGCGCAAAUCACAUUGCGCCGGGAGUUGGGUUGAGUUUGGGGUGAAAUAGUUUAUUAUUAUUAUUGGUGCGAUCGGUUGGUUUCCGAGAAGAAGAACCGCGAGGCCACGUGACGAGACGACUGCUGGCUGAACGACGACGGCGAUGGUGCGGCAGAUAGGCCUGAGUUGGAUGAACGGCGAAUGUCAUGUUUUUGUUUAGAUCAGCUGAAUCGCGCACAACUUGUUGCUGUCGGGGGAAACAGUGAAGGAUUUUCGCUUCGUUGGUGAAGUCUAUCAAGCUGUUUUUUGAACCGAGCGGUUUGUUGUGUGGUCGAGUUUUUUUUACUUCUUAUUGCCAUCAUUUACCCCGAAGAAAAGCAAGUAACGCGCAACAUUAAAAAUGCUGACAUCGGUGAAAAAACAUCACAGCACAAUGAAUGCAAUAUGUUAUGGUUAGUGUUAAAGGACGCCCUUUGGCACCUAGUAGUGUAGCGGGAGGUUAGUGCUCCGACUGUUAAUUUUGAAUGAAACAGCAAACUUUCCUUCUAUCUUGCUGGAAAAGGAUUACGUGUCCAACAGAGUAAGUGAGUUGCUUGGCCAACAGUUGCCAAGAAGUGCGAAGAUUCCAAGAAAGAUUAAUCUGAUCAUGAAUCAAUUUGAAUCCAUCAUUCAGUGAUUAGAGUUCAAAGUGAGUGGAUCGGAUGCAUGUGUGACCCUGACCACGAAGAUGUACUGGAUACGGUCAAAGAAGCUCAAGGAGCGGCUGGCGCUCGGGUUUGGCGCCUCGCUGGUCCUUUUUACGUUACUGCUGGUGAUCGAUCUGCAGAUGGAUCUUGGGGUCUCGCGAGGUGAAUUUAUGCCCUCACACGGUAGGAUACGAUACGUUCACGAAGAAGAUAAAAGUGGUGUAUACAAUGAAUUUCAUCGGAAGUUCCUAGCUAAAAGCAAUGCUUCUGGAUCGAAAGAAUAUCUCACAACAAAUCCUCACACCAAUCGCGGUCGAACGGAAACGUCUGGACCGGGAUUUCCUAGCAAACAAAUUACAACGACUCCUCCACAUGAUCGAUUUAAGGAUCUGACAGCCAUUGUGGUUGCUCCGAAGAAUAGACGAGAUCCACAGUUUUUCGAACGGGUUGUCAUCAAAGAGGACAUCACCGACGAACCCAAUCCAUCGCUAGCAGAUAUGCUCGAACUGGGCAUAAGCAAAAAUGCAACCAAUCUGGAAAGGUUUCAACUUUCCAUCACGAAAAAUGAGCUCUACUCUAAGAAAGAUAGACUCGUCGAUAUGUUGAUUCAAGACAUGGUUCAGCUACCAAUCAAACAUGUAGUCCAAAAAGAAGGGGGAACCCAGAUUAAACUCAUUAUCGAAUAUCCACACGAUAUUCAUGCACUCUUCAAACCGAUGCGGUUCCCCAGAGAGCAACAAACUCUUCCAAACCACUUCUAUUUUACCGAUUACGAACGACACACGGCGGAAAUUGCCGCAUUUCAUCUCGAUCGGCUAAUGGGUUUCCGUCGCGCCAUGCCGGUUACCGGCCGAAUCCUCAACAUUACCACCGAAAUCGAAAGGGUAUGCGACGACAACCUGUUGAAGACGUUCUUCAUAUCGCCAGCACGCAACAAGUGCUUUCAUGGCAAGUGUUCCUACUAUUGUGAUACCUCCCAUGCUAUCUGUGGAAAUCCAGAUACCUUGGAAGGCUCAUUCGCAGCAUUCCUCCCCACGCAACAGGACACGCAGCGAAAAGUUUGGCGUCAUCCCUGGCGACGAUCGUAUCACAAGCGAAGGAAGGCCCAAUGGGAAACCGAUCCCGACUACUGCUCCAUGGUUCGCGACAUUCCCCCCUACGACGAAGGCCGACGCCUUCUGGACCUCAUGGAUAUGUCCGUGUUCGAUUUCCUCACCGGAAACAUGGACCGGCAUCACUACGAAACAUUCAAAAUUUUCGGCAACGAAACCUUCCCUAUCCAUCUGGAUCACGGCCGAGGCUUCGGUCGACCGUUCCACGAUGAACUCUCGAUCCUGGCCCCACUCCUUCAGUGCUGCCUGAUUCGAACGACCACCCUCGAAACGCUACUCCUGUUCCACAACGGCCCGAAACCGCUCUCGGAGCUGAUGCGCGAAUCGAUGGCCGCCGAUCCAAUCGCACCGGUUCUCUGGGAGCCGCACAUGGCCGCCCUGGAUCGACGGGUCGCCAUAAUCCUGCAAGCGGUGCGAGAAUGCAUCAAGAAAACCUCCGAGGAGGAAGAAUUCGACGGCGGUCACAACCAUCUGGACGGCCACCACGACGGCAACGACAAUUUCUCUUAGCGUUCCCGCGAACAGCUGAUUGGGUUGCCGCGACAUCAACACCGGCUACAAAUCAAUCAACAACCGAACCGUGCCGGUGCGAAUAAUCCGUUUGGCCAAUUCAAAAGUCUGUACAUAGUUCAAUGAGCAGAAGAGUGUUAGCGAGAUCUUUUCUGCUGCUGUUUUCGGUUUCGCUAGUUUUCUUUUGAAGUCGAUGUACCGGCGAAAGUGAGAGCGUCUGACUGACUGACUGGCUGUGCGUGCCUGUUCGAGUGCAAGUGUGUGUGUAUAGGUACUAGAAGUAGUGUGAUCGCGAUCAAAUUCGCGGAACCGGAGCCAAUUUCCGCUACCCAGCGCGACUGUACUCAGAGUAUAACACAACGUAUGUAGGUACAUAUAUGACUGUAGGCAUUGUGGCAUUAUAAUCGGGUGGUUUAGAUUAUUAAAGCUCAUAUUACCAUGAGAAAGGAGCCGUACCGUACUCAGAAAGGAUAGUUACUAGUGAGUGGUACAUUAUCAUGAAAUGAUAACGCACGACCGACGGGAGCCGAGGGAGAACCUUUGUGUUUGAGUGUAUGUACACUAGGUAAAUGAAAAAAAGUAACGUUUGCGCGCUCCAAUUAUGUUACGCGGUUGAAUGGUUGUAAAGUGUUGAUGUUUAUGAAUUCUAUUCCGCUGCAGCGGUAGCGGUGCCAAAAUCGGAUCGAUUGAAAUAAAGAUUAGACGCGGUGUUUGAAUGGCAAAUGCCUAGUAAGAUACUGAGAAUAGUGAAAAAAGGUUGUUCGAACGUUGGGUUUUUUUUAAAGAAAAUCUGAACUUUAAAGUUAGAAUUUGUUUUGUUGCGAAAUAAUAUAUCAAAUAUUGACAGGAAAUUAGUUUUCAAAAAAGUUUCAUGAUUUUUUUAAAUUCACACAAAUACAUUUGACAAUAAAAAUGAAACAUAGUUUAAUUCCAUUUUACAUGAAUUUUGAAACAUACUUAUUCCAUCAGACAGGAUAGAUAAUCUAUUUGAUAUUAUGGAAAAGAUUUGAUUUGAUUUUUCCCAAAGGUGGAUAAUCAAAAAAAAAACGUCUGCUUGGGAAUACGAGGAAAGGAACUAAACGAUAAACAUCUCUUACGUUGUAGCUUUGCUUCAAAAUUGUGUUAAAACUCAAAAGUUUUUACCGUUUUGGAUUGAUUAUACAAAGGCUUCACUAUUAACAAGUGUAUUCGAAAAAAAUGCAACACUUUAUUUUGUGAAUAAUCUUUGAAUGCAUUAAUGGAAAUUGAUGAAAUUUUCAACGAAGCUAUCUGGUAGUGUUAUGUUCACUUGUGAAAUUUUUUGAUUUGUUCGUGCAAGUGGUUUUUGAGAUAGCUUCCAAUUAAGAAAUUUUUCGACUUUAACUUUUGGCAACAAGAGCGCCAUCUAUAAUGCCUACUAUGACACAUUCUUUUUUCCAUCCAUGGCUAUUUUUGAUAACGUUUUUUGUUUCCUGAAGCUUGACCUUCAAAGUAACUCUAUUUUUUUAUUUGGUCGAAGUUAGAACGAAUUUAGAAGAUUAUGCUCCUUCGGCACAAAAACAACCUUUUUGACUUUUUAUCACUCCAUUACAGUUUUUGCGUAAUGGCAUGAUUCUAGAUCCAACAAAUACAGAUAAUAAACUUUUUGGGACCUUUUGAAGAGCUUUGCAGGGAAAACAGUCGCAUUUGGAGGCACUUUUCCUUGUAUAUUAAUCCAUCAAUCGUUAUGAAACACUGAGUGAUUUGCAGUUUUCACGGAUCGUUAGCCUCCUCAAGUACUGGACACUAAAUUUUUCUCCGGAAAAUACAAGCUUGAUUUGUCAACGAAAAUUUUCUUGCUGGAAACCUGCCAGGUGACCGCUAAAUAGUUCGUUUUGCUGUCCAUUACGAAUUUUUUCAAAAUAUCUUCCAGUCCAAAUAUUUUGCGCACGAUUUGACCACCGAAUUUUGUUUAUUUUACUGUUAGGCAGCUUUUCUGCCUUGAAGAAAUGAAGUCAGGCCUGUAUUAGUUAACUAGAUGAACUAGUCAAAAAUAUAAAUCUUUUUAUCACUUCCUCUAUUAAUAUUUUUAGAUGGAGCUUGAAAAAACCUCUGGAAUUAUUUAACUUCAUGGAAUCAUCAUCUCCACCUUUAAUCAAAUUUAAGCUCACUAUUGGUUCUUCUAAAUAGGACUUCUUGAACGAUUGUCUAUGUAAAAUUUGGACGAAAAGUUGAUUUCCAGCUGUUUUCGUGUCUUCCACUGGGACUUUCGUGGAUUUUUCUCGAUCCUGUCCAAGCAACACUCAUAAAAGCAAAAUAUUGAAUUUGUCAAAUGGAAGAUAUUUAAUUCCCGCAUAUGAUUUACGAUGUAUUCAUUAUUUUAUAUUUUUAUCUUUUAAUAUUUUUUGAAAUAUGAAAAGCACAAGUUUUAAAGCAGGACUGAAAAAGCGUUUAUGGCUUUGAAGCCUGUUAUUAGGAGGCAUUUAGCCUUCAAAAAUUGUUUUCAGAAUUGCUAUAACCCUGUAGUACUGCCCUCAAGGACGCCAUCUCAAAUGCCUGCCUCCAAAGUAUACUUUAAGAUCAUUCGAUAGCCCACAGUUACAAUUUCCUACAUUAAAUUUCUUGCAAAUCAACCCAAGUUCAUCUAUGUUUGUCAUGCAAGAAUUUUAAAAUAUAUGUCUUGAAAGAAUAUUAUAAAAUUUAUGAGAAAUUAAAGGUUCAAUAUGGGUAGCACAGUUUAGAUUAAAAUGUUGGUCAGACUCAUACAGAUGAGUUUAUUUUAAAGCUUUAUUCGCGUCAAUCAAUAACAGCUAUUUUCUAAAUUCCUUUCAAUAAAACUAAUAAAAAAUUUCCACUGACCAGCUUUAAGAAAGUUAAAGUUGAUUCUGCAUAAUUUUCUUAAUUUGAACUAAUUCAAAAUUUUUGAAAAAAAUUUCUAACUCAAAUGAUCGUCAAUUCAUUCACAUCAAUGAAGUUUGAAGCAUAAAAAUUGAAUCUCUUUCCACAUAAAUGGCUUCAUUUUCUUUUAAGUGUAAUGCAAUUGCUUUAAUUUUUCUUUGAAAAUCACGCCCAAAUAAAAUAAUCAAUCGUUUGGAAUAAAGAGAAUGAAAAUUUGCGACAAGAUUGUGUGCUUUCGUAAAAAUUUAAUUCAUUGAAUCAGUCACAAGAAUGAUAAGUAGAACCUUAACGUGAUUCCUAGAUAGACCGAACAGACAGAUUGUUUGUCGGUCUGAUUUGAAAAGUAGGAUAAUAUGAGUUUAUCCGGUUACUUAAAGAUUUGUUAUAGAACGUAUUGUAAAUUUUAAUAAAAUUUUGGAAACGUGGUGAACUGGCAACAAAACACAUACUUCAAACAAUCUAGUACUUCCCUUUUCUCUGUCAAAAGUCUUUAGGGAGUCGAAAGUCCGAACUUCCGAAGUAAAAUUUAGUGCUGGUGCGCAAAUAUAAUUAUAACCUAGCAAAAUAAUUGAUAGAAUUGGAGGAAUGUCAACUCAUACAAUUCAUGCACUUUCAGAAUUUGGAUUAUGGAUUAUCGCCUCCGGAAGGAAAAUUCCAAAAUAAAAAUUUUGGAAUCUUUCAAAUUCCAUAAAUAAUUAAUUUUAUUUUUAAAGAUUUACUCUGAAAACAAGCUUUGUAUUCCAAAAGUUUUAUUUGGAAAAAUUGCCACUUCUAGUACUUCCCUUGGAUUGGACAAUCUAGUUAUUCUAGUACUUCCCUUGGAUUGGACAAUCUAGUGAUUCCCUUUUCUUUGCCAGAAGUCUAUCGGGAGUCGGAAGCCCGGACUUCCGAAGUAAAAUUUAGUGCUGGUGGCAGAUAUAAUUAUAGCCUAGCAAAAUAAUUGAUGGAAUUGGAGGAAUGUCAACUCGUACAAUUCAUGCACGUUCAGAAUUUGGAUUAUGGAUUAUCGUCCUCGGAACCAAAAUUCCAAAAUAAAAAUUUUGGAAUCUUUCAAAUUUCAUAAAUAAUUAAUAUUCUUUUCAAAGAUUUACACUGAAAACAAGCUUUGUAUUCCAAAGGUCUUAUUUGAAAAAAAAUGACACUUCUAGUACUUCCCUUGGAUUGGACAAUCUAGUACUCCUCUUUUCUUUGUCGGAAGUCUUUCGAGAGUCGGAAGUCCGGACUUCCGAAGUAAAAUUUAGUGUUGGCGCGUAAAUAUAAUUAUAGCCUAGCAAAAUAAUUGAUGGAAUUGGAGGAAUGUCAACUCGUACAUUUCAUGCACUUUCAGAACUUGGAUUAUGGAUUAUCGCCUCCGGAAGGAAAAUUCCAAAAUAAAAAUUUUGAAAUAUUUCAAAUUCCAUAAAUAAUAAGGCUGGAACAAAUAUCAAUUUCUCCUUUUGUCACCCCCCUCCGAAAUUUCCAAAAUCCCGAAGGGGGGAAUAAAUAAAGUUCGAAGUAUUUUAAGUAAAUUUCAAAUAAAAAUUCAAAUAUUCGAAAGAUUACAAGACCAAAAAUCAAAUCUUGGAAGAUGAAAGUUAAUUCACAUUUUGUAUUCUUGAUUUUAUUGAAUUUUUCGAUAAAAAAAAAUACUUGAUUUAUAGGUUUUAUGCUAGUUGGUUGCAUACAAGCUUUCGUGUAAUUUAUUCUAAUUUAUAUGUUUUUCGUAUUAUUUUUUAUUGUCCUCCCCCUCGCGAUGUUCCAACUCCGAGUGACAAAAGAAGAAUUAGAAAUUUGUUCCGCACUAAUAAACUUUCUUUAAAAAAAUUUAUACUGAAAACGAGCUUUGUAUUCCAAAGGUUUUAUUUGGAAAAAUUCUCAUUUAAAAAAGAUUUUUCCAAUGUCAAUCGGAAGAUACCCAGCAAACAUGAAAUCGUAUCAUAAAUGAUGAUUUAAGCCGCUUACAAUGCGAAUUGCAAUUCCAACUGCAUAGUGAAAAAAUCGUAUAAAAUGUUAUGUGAAGUCAGUUUAAAUCGGAUAUGACAAAAAGUCAGCCAUGUUUGUAAAUUUCGAAAUGAUUUGGCUCCCGCGCGAGCUAAAAGUGAGAUAAUCAUCGGCAUUUUCUCUCUGCAACCAGCAGUGCAAUCAGAUGGCUAAAAAUCAGAUAGGAAUUGAGUUAUAUUGACCAAUGAGAGAUCUGGAAAAUGUUGCCAAAAUCUUGCGCUCUCUCGCAUUAUUCCCGUAGGUAACGAAUAAGUUGACGGAUAACGGCCAAUUGGUGUAGUUUUCGUCGGUUUAGAAAGUAAUGAAAUAAAUGUAUGUAUACCGCCUCCGCUUUGGUAGGUAAAUGCUGUUUUUUUCAACUUUCAUACGAUCAUUUUUUAAUGUCUAUGGGACGUAUAUCAAAACUGGAUAAGCUGGAUUCUCAAUACUAAAAAAAUAUGAAUGUUUUUUUAAUUCUUAUAUAUUUUUUUUUGUAGAACAUCUCAAUCUUUUAUAAUUCGUUAACAAGAUUUUCACAGUUGUUUCUUGAAAGCAUUGUAAAACAUAUGUUAUGUUCAAAAAAUCCUGAUAAAAAAGUGCACUCUUGUAAAAGCUUUUAUAAAUGGAUUCAGGCAUUCAUUUUUUGACAAACAAAAGUUAGCCCAGCUUAGUAGGCAGACCUUUCUAUUUGAGGCAAAACAAAGAAAAACACAAUAAAUGAAUGCUUGAAGUGUUCCAAAAACGGCUAUGAGUUUUCAAAAGCUUUCCAAUUCCAAAUGUUUUGAACAGGGAUUGGAAUUUUUCGCACUUAAGGGUCUCCAGCAUUUCCAACGCCAUACAACAAUAUUUGUGUUUCAAGAUUAUUGGAAGUGAUUUGCAUGUUUUUCAAAUAUAAUUUCAAUUACAAAACAAAUAUGAGUACACAUUCGUUUCCAGUUUAACACAAAUUAAAACCAUAUAUGUUUGAACGAUGACUGAAAGAAACAUAAUUAUUUUUAAAUCAACCAUACCUUCAAUCGACCGAUUUCGGCACCUGCAAGCGGAAACUUAAAUCAAUAUAUCUAUCAUUUGAAGCAAUGUGAUCGAUUUUUAUAUGUCACCUCCCGUAAAAAUGAAUAGAAUUGAUGAUAAAUAAAAACUACAUAAAUAGAGAGGCCAAAGUUGUAUAUGAGCAAAUUCAGCACUAGAUGUAAUACAGAGCAAGACAGCGAGCAAAAGUUAGAGAAAGAGAGAGAAUAGUGUUUUGAUCCCUCAGUGGAAACAAAAAACCCAUAUAUACGUUUUAAACGCGAUAGAUGAUAUUAGAUGUUCUUGUUUUUCUACCUGUUAAGUUUUACCCUCUUAGAAUGACCUUUAUUUUCCAAACCCCGAAUAUUCCUGGUCUUAGUGUAUGUGUACAAGUCUUCCUCUAGAAGAGAUGAAAACAUGUUAGGAAAUCAUGAAAACCCCUAAAAUAUAUAAUACGAAUGAUGAUGAGUGUAACUAUGUGAGUUUCCCAAUUGUAUGGAAAUUUAAGCAAAAACAAAAGUCGUAGAUCAAUCAAACAUCAAACCAUGUUUCUGUACUCAAAGGAGAUAUAUAAAUAUUCCAAUAUACAUACGAGAAAAAAAAAACAAAACAAAAAUAAAGCAACCAUACUCGCAAAAAAUAAGAAAAAACGAUAUUCCAAAAUACAGAAGUCAAAUAUCAGCCAGCUAGUUGUAUAAGUGGGGGAGAAUGAAACAUUAAAACUGAAACGCUAAUAAACAGUAAAGCAAUCACGCUGCAUCUCAAAUUUCCAGUUAGGACUCAAAACUUUGAGCUAUCGAAUUACUUAGGCUUUGAUUUUAUAAAAAAAAACCAAAUUUUGAUUCUUUUUUUUUUCAUAUUCCAGUAAAAUAAUAUAAAUUUUUUAUUGUAAACGCCCAUUCAAAACAUGCCAUAUUGAAAAAAAACGAGACGAAAAUCUUCGUUUGUACAUUUUCCAAUUAUUUUUCAUUCAUUGCAAGUAUGUUUAAAACAUUUAAUUAAGUGAUCUGAUUUUUUGUGCAGACCACCGUAAAAAAUUCGAGGCCUCAGUUUAAUGAAAACCACCAUUAGUCACUUGCAAUUUGAUAAGUUUAACCUUAUUCUUUUGUAUUUAAUGUAAAGAGACUGAGGUUGAAUGAAAACUGUUAGAAAUUAAUAGUUUAAUCUCUGCAUAAAAUUUAGUUUAUUUGCCACAAUUGGGCAUUCUGAUUGAAACUUUUAAUCUGCUAACUUCAAUCAAGUUAGCUUUUUAAUUUAUAAACAGAAGAUAUUCGAUUUUCCAUUGAAAUUCCCAGAACUUACGCCUACUACUUGUUACUUUGUUUCAGUUUCACAGCUAAUUCCAACUGAAAUUUUGAUUCUUUUCAUCAUCAGUUGUGAAAGUUAUGUCAUGUUUAGUGUAUGCAGGAAAAACUCGUACAUAUUUAACCCUUUAGUGCAUGGACUUUUUAGAAUGAGAAUAGUUAUUGAUUCAGUGAAAUAAUAACAUUCUAAUUCGAAUACCACGACUGAAAAGGUUUUAAGUCGUAGUUUUGAGUACUGAGAGUAAUGGCUCAUUAAAGCUGAAAAAUAGUUUUGGAAAUUCAUAAUUCAUUUCAAAACGAUCUGGCAAAUUUCUUUCAAAUCUGUUACUUAGGCUCAGGAAGUUGUUUGUGAUUGAUUGAGAUUAAAAAAAUUUUAAGAAUUUGCAAAUCUAAAGAAAUAUCAACAAUUUUCUCAAUAUUAACCUUAAAAAAAAAGGUUUUUGCAAUUUUUCUGUAUAAUAUUUUUGAUAUCCCACACAUGCAUUAAAAAUCGUAAUAAAAAUACCAUGAACUAAUUUCUUUUAAUCUUUAAACAUUUUUCGUCAAUACAUCACUUAAAAAUAUUCAAGAAUUUGCGAGAUAUUUGGAUUUUGAUAAGUGCUAUUUUACAACUACACUAUGCAUUGAAGAGUUAAUAGUCAAAGCCUUAGAUGCUGUAAAUAUGUUAUACACUUCUCGAGGCUUGAUUUAUCUAACUCGACGUAAAUUUCAGAACAGAUGCUAAAGCUAAACCGCAUUUUGGGAGGAAUUUUCGGUGAAAUUGAAAACUUGACGUGUAUCGUUCACGUAAGGUUGUCAGAUUGCCCGAUCUUAUCCGGGUUUGCCCGAUCUUAUCCGGGUUUGCCCGGAUAUUUGAUACAAAAUUUGGGAACAGUCCGGCCUGGCCCUGUUGUCCGGAUUUCAUUGAAAAAGCUAGGGUUCCUCCCGGAUGUUUUCACUUUAUUUGGCAGAUCCAACAAAAAAUCAAAUUGUCAUGUAAAAAUCUAUCAUUAAUGCCUUCAAAACGAAUUUUUUUGAACAGGUUUAGCUGAACUAAUCAUGGAAGCCUUGUAUACGAUUUGAAAUCUGUCUAUGCAUUUUUAUGUUAAAUUAUUUUUUUUUGCCUUGCUUGAUCUUUGUUGAGUAAUAUUUGAGUUUUGACAAAAUUUACCCAGAUUAUUGGUCUGCAAUUUAAAAACGAAAUGCCCGGGUUUUGUCAGGUUUUUAUAUAAAUUGCCUUAGCUUGUCAUGUCCAAAUACCUACGUGCUGAGAAAAUUCUGGCCACCUUAAGUUAAUAGAUUUGAUAUCAGCGUUAAAACUAAAUGGAGCAAAUUGCUCAAUACCUAUGGCUUGUUUCAUAGUAAAUUGUGAAUUUUCUGUAAGCCUUUUUCAAGCUCUAUUAUCUUAUAAAAACGAAAACGUAUUUGAUUACUAUUCAUUUAAAAAAAACUUAAAAAAUGGAAUACGAUUCCGCUACCAAUUGAAACCCCACAACGCGAAUUCUCGUGUGGCCAUGCAACAGUCACCGAAUUUCGCAUACGUAAGUGAUUGAUCAAACCAGCCAAAGUGUAAGAGAAAUGGAAACUUGAAACACUGGAGAGCAAAAACAGAUUGCAAAAAACUGAAUAAAAUCACAAGCCAAUGUAACUGACCGGUAGUAGCUCAAAAAAAAAAAAACAAAAUAAAAAAACUUUCGCUGCAAAGCUCAUAUUUAUGCGCAAUUGGGACAGAGAGAAGGAGAGGAAGCCCGUAAACUCAAAAGCCAAAAAUUAUACAUUGAUGAAAAUUAAACACUGCAGAUAAAAUUCACAAACUCACGUGCAUCUAUAAAAGAGAACAACCGACGAAGGAAUCCGAUAACGGAUGAUAGGGAAAUUAAAAACUCAAAGCUGGAACAGGAACAACACUAGACCGGCGACAGACAUCAUUGUGAAAUAAAGCAACAAAGGGAAAAAAUGUAUCUAUUGUUAAAACGUUGUAUCAAUGGGGAUGAAUAAUAAUAUAAAUCCAAAAAAAAAAAAGAAUCCUCACAUGCCAAUAACUGUAAUAUUCGGACAAAGGAAAUGCAUCAAAUAGCUACCGACUGACUGGUAAUUGUAGUGUGAACGAAUUACACAUAAAAGGCUCCCCUUUUGAUAUUGAUUUUAUUUCCCUUCUGUGUCCGAUUUUCGCUUGCACGAGGAAAGGUUUCACUAUUUUGAAUUUAUAAAAAAACACCUACCGUAACGAUUCCCAACAAUGAUACAAAGGAUACCUGAACUGAGUUGUUAAACGUAAUUUUAAAGUAACAUACUCGUUAAAGCUCGUUGAAUUUUUUGAACUCCCAUUUAAUUUUAACUUGAGUUGAUAUUUGAUUUCUUCUAAGUUAUUUAUCACAACAUUAAUUCCCCCACACAUGAAAGGCUGUUUUUUUUUGUUCUGAUAAACUACCUGCAACUAUUUAUAAUUUAUUCGAAUGCAACGAUGGUAAAAUAUCGUGUAGGUUGUACUGAAUGUACAAGAUGUGGAUAACAGGAUAGCAACGCUAUUAAUGCGCAGUAAUAUGCAAAAUAAAAACAACAACUGAUUGGAAACAUUA